AAUGUCACAGUAUCGAUCAUAAUCCUGAAUUUAUCAGCAGAAAUCCAUGUUUUGAAGUCAGCCAAUCAGCGUCGUUCAGCAAUUCAGCAUUCAGUAAAAAAAUUCAGCGUUUUAGUAUUACCCGUUGAUGAAUGACGUAAGCAAAAACCGUUGCUAAAAUCUUGUUUGGUGAAAUUAAACCAGUGACAUAUUAAAAGUGUACGACUUGGGAAAAAUUUGAUGCCACACUUUUACGGUCAUACAACCCUUUUGGUGUGACACUGUGACAUUUCUUUGUACAUUGAAGGAACCACUGAAAGCAAAGAUCAUUAAAAGAAACAAGUUGACCAAAUUGAGAGCCUAGCUGUUUCUAUAGUUUGAAAAGAACCCUCGAGCUUAGCCUAAAAACAUUUAGAUUGGGCAGUUCGUUUAACAUUCCUCAAUAGAUUGUUGCCAAUAGGUAUACUUGAUUUAAUGAUAUAUCGUAUUAAGGUUAAGAUACGGACAACAAAACUUAGCAACAUGGCUAGAUACCUUCGAAUUUUGAUUGAUGUAUUUCUCUCGUUUUGUGUUUUUUUCUCAAAUGAAAAAUAGAGAAUGUCUAAAUAUUUUUAUAAUUUUUGUCAUACAUGUUAGUUUUUAUUUCAGAUAUGUUUUUACGUUUGCUUUUUUUAUUCAUAUUUUUGAGUCUCCUGUGCAAUGUUUGCUUUUCAGUCAAAAGAUCUGCUAAAGAAGAUGAUUUUUCUGAAUUUGAUGAUUUUGAUGAAGAAGAAUUUGUUACAGGUCUGUAAUACUUAUUAAUCAUCUAAUGUCCUAAUUAAAUUCGCUUUAUUCUCCAUCGCAGAGACACCUUCAUCAACUUCCAGCCCUAAAACACAUCAACAAGCACAAUCUCAGCAACAAAGCCCAAAAACUGAUCAGAGUUCCUCUAGUACCCCAUUAAAAUCUUCAUCAUCAACAUCAACCGGCAAAGAUGAUGAUGAAGCUUCAGUCGCUGAUGAAGAUGAUUUCGUUUUUGACGAGGAAGAAUUUGAAACAUCUGAAUCAGAAUUAUUUGGUAACAAUGUUCAAUCGUCCAAUCAACAAUCAUCUGAUUUUAAAAUUACUGAUGUACCAUUGAAUUUAACUGGCAACCGUUGGGAAGCUUAUCGUUUUGAAGCAUUAAUGAUCAUUGCUCUACUAGGAUAUUUAAUUAAUUUUCUUAUUGGACGUACAAAAAAUUCACGUUUAGCCACCGUUUUCUAUCAAACACAACGAGAUUUAUUAGAAAAAAAUUUUGCAUGCGUGGGUGAUAACGGUCAAACAAAAGAUUUAAAUAAAACAACAAUAGACAAUCCAGAUGAACAGGGCAACAACAAUUUUGUUAAAGAAUCAGAAAAUUUAUAUCUACUAUGGUGUUCAGGUAGAAUUUAUCUUGAAAGCAUGCUUGUUGAACUACGAUUUGUUAAACGACAAUGUUUAUUCAAUUUAAUGGCAUCCGUAAUGAAAUCAGUUAACGAUACCGUUGUUUAUACGAUUGAUUAUGCCAGAGAAGAUAUUGAUACAUUUGUAUUUUGUUUGGCCCGUAAACGGUGUGCAGCCAAACUACAUAAGGAUAUGUUCCAUAAGCUAGUAAUAGAAAGGAAGUAUAAGGAAGAGUAA